CUGCUUCAAAAUAUGCCAUUAUUUUUAUGAGUGACGGCUUGGCACCAUUUCCUGAAGCAGAACUUCAAACUUUGGUCGAAUUACAUGGUAAUGUCAUCAAGAAAUUUUGGACAUUGGCAUUAGGACAGUCAGAUAUGUCUAUAUUAAAGCGUAUAAACGAAAAAAUGGAUGGAACCUUUUUUAAUCUAGCAGAUUCAAGUGAGUUAGUAGAAGCAUACGCUGAAAUUGCACGGACAUCGUAA